CCCUUCUUCACUUUUGUUUGUUAUCUUACUAAAGCAUUGGUGACAAAUCUGCAGAUGGAGUCUGUGAAACCAUUGGAUGUUGUUGCUUCAGGAAAAGGAAAACUCAGACGCACAUUUGCUAAAGUUAUCAACAUUAAGAAGCUUACCGGUGUUGUUCCAGAAGGCAACAAAGUUGAGAGAGUGAAGAAGAGCCAAGAAAAGGUGAAGUUGGAUAAAGAUUUAGUGAAGAAUGCUGCAAAUCUGUCUGAGUCAUUUGACAAGCUUGAGGAAGAGUAUGAGAAAAGAUUGGCUAUGGAAGCUCUUCUUGCAAAGCUGUUUGCUACGAUUUCUUCAAUAAAAUCGGGUUAUGCGCAGUUGCAGUAUGCUCAGUCUCCUUAUGAUCCAAAUGGGAUUCAGAAAGCAGACAACUUGGUAGUAGCAGAGCUCAAGACAUUAUCAGAGCUGAAACAGAGUUUCUUGAAGAACCAGCUUGAUCCUAACCCUGAUAGAACUCUUGUUCUUGCGGAGAUUCAAGAGCUGAGAAGCGUUUUAAAGACUUAUGAGAUCACGGGGAAGAAGCUUGAGUGUCAGUUAAAGCUUAAAGAAUCUGAGAUCAUAUUUCUUAAAGAAAAGUUUCAAGAAUCCAUGAGUCAGAACAAGUUGAUGGAGAAGAGAUUAAACCAAAGUGGCCAACUUUGCAAUCCAUUGGAUCAUAAUCUUCAUCUAUCAGCGCUAAAUCCAACUCACUUCGUUACCUAUCUGCACCACACAGUCAAAUCAAUCCGAGGAUUCGUCAAGUUAAUGAUUGAGCAGAUGAAACUCGCAGCUUGGGACAUCGAUAUGGCUGCUGAUUCGAUACAACCUGAAGUGUUCUAUUACAAGCAAGACCAUAAGUGUUUUGCUUUCGAGCAUUACGUUUGCAAGAUAAUGUUUGAAGCGUUUCAUCUACCUUACUUCUCAAACGAAUCAUCGAAGAAGGAGAGUAGAGAAGACAGAGAGAUGUUCUUUGAGAGAUUCACAGAGCUUAGAUCGAUGAAACCAAAAGAGUAUUUAGCAUCACGGCCUAAAUCAAGAUUGGCUAAGUUUUGCAGAGGAAAGUAUUUGCAGCUCAUACAUCCAAAGAUGGAGCACGCGUUCUUCGGACAUUUGCAUCUUAGAAACCAAGUCACUGUAGGUGAGUUUCCGGAGACAAGCUUGUGCACUGCGUUUCUCGAAAUGGCGAAAAGGGUUUGGCUUUUACAUUGCCUUGCUUUCUCCUUCGACCCUGAAGCUUCAAUCUUUCAAGUAUCUAGAGGUUGCAGAUUCUCCGAAGUGUACAUGAAGAGCGUGACGGAGGAUGCGUUUUUCUCUCGGUCGGAGGAAGAAGAAAGCUCUUCGGAAACUGAGCCGGGAGUUGCGUUUACGGUGGUUCCUGGGUUUAGAAUUGGGAAAACGUCGAUACAAUGUGAGGUUUACCUCUCGCGGUCACGUCAACGCCGUCCGAUCAGUUAGAUUCCGACGAUGACGUCACAGGGGUAUUAGUGUAAUUUAGGUGGUGGGGACUUUUUGGGGUGUAGGAAUAAUAAAUGAGGAGAGAAAAU